AUGAAAGAUUCUUCAGUUGCUGCAACAUCACCUGCACCGGCAAGUCCAACUACGAAUAAAGAGAAACCAACAAUCAAUCAUGUUUUUCGUGAUACACGCUCUGAACUUGCACAACUUUUGAAGAAGAAAGAAGAAAUUGAAAAAUCUCUAUCGGAUAUUGAAGAACAAAUUUAUGCUUUCGAAACAAGUUAUUUAAAACAAACACAAGAUACCGGGAACUGUAUUCGCGGAUGGAGCAGUUGUUUGACUAAUGGAAAUGGAAAUAACAAUUCAAAUGAUAAAUCAGCAAAGUUUCGUGAAUCUGAUCGACUAUUUUCAUAUUCCUCUGCUACGUCAUAUACCUUGCUUGGUCGUGAUCGACUUAAACGUGAACGAGAAAAAGAACGCCGGAAAAACAUUCGUAAACAUCGUGAAAUAAUGCAAGAAUUAUCAACAAAUAAGAAAAACACUAGUAUUGUUUCUGAAAAUAAUACGCAAUUGACUCAACCGAUAAAUGAUGAAGGUGAUGAAGAUAUUGUGGAUGAAGAUGAAAGUACAACGAGCAGCGAAAAACCUCCAUCACGAUCAAUGACAAAUACAUCUACAUCGAUUGUUUCUGAAAAUAAUACGCAAUUGACUCAACCGAUAAAUGAUGAAGGUGAUGAAGAUAUUGUGGAUGAAGAUGAAAGUACAACGAGCAGCGAAAAACCUCCAUCACGAUCAAUGACAAAUACAUCUACAUCGAGUAAAAGAAGAACAAAAAGCAAAAGUUUACGAAAUAAACGAGCCCUAUCCGAUUCAAGUCAACAUUCAGAAUCAUGA